CAUUCCAUUCAUGGCUACUUGCACAUGAUCAACCACUUCCAUUCCAUCUAUUUAUCUUCAUAUACUCUCUCUUUCCAAUUCCACCCACAAACACAUUCACAUAAAUGGAUCAAGGGUUCAAGCAUUUCAGCCACUUGCACAACCUGAUCAUGCACCACAUGCCAGAAGGCGUCGAAGUCUCAUGCUCCGGUUGCCACUCUUCCGCCACCGCAACCGUAUACGUUUGCUGGCAAUGCAACUUCUUCCUGCACGAACAAUGCUACCGAGCCACUCGGUCCCUGAAACACCCAUCUCACCCUCCUCAUCCCCUCACUUUGGUUCCUUACCCGACUUACCACUCUAAUUCCUUUUACUGCAAUUCUUGUAAUAUCGUCGGAACCGGUUUCUCCUAUUCCUGUGCUGAUUGUGAAUUCGACCUUCAUGUCCAAUGCGCUUAUUCCAUUUCCGGAGCUACAAGUUUAAAAAAUGCACACCCGUUUCAAGAACUUGUUCCACAAGGUUGGAAUGGAGUACAAAAUUCUAGCAUUGAUCACCAUGUCCCGUUUGCUUCUGUUCCUGAAAGUUCUCCAAUUCCAUUCGCUAGUGCCCAGAAUCAUUACAUGCCUCUAAAUACCGUUUCUGGUCAUGAUCUAGCAUGUGGUUUCGUUCCACCGCAUAAUCAGAAUUUAACUACUACUUCCCAGGAUCCAUUCAUGGCUCAUAAUCUAGCUUCUGUUUCGAUUCCCACGAAUUUUCAGAACCCGCUUGAUAAUGGUCAAUAUUCUUCCGUGGAUCAGACUGGACCUUCUGUUUCUAUUCCCCCUAAUUAUCCGCCAACUACGAUUUCUAGCAGUCAUGAUCCUGUACUGCCUCAAGACCGGCCUUCUGUUUCCAUUCCAGCGAGUUCUCAUGAUCGGAUUUCUAGUGCCCAGCAUCCUUCCAUGGCUCAAACCGGACCUUCUGUUUCGUUUCCCACUAACUAUCCGCCAAAUGCGAUUCCUAGCAGUCAAGAUCCUUCAAUGCCUCAAGACGACCCUUCUGUUUCCAUUCCAAUGGGUUCUCAGAAUCGGAUUUCUGGUGUCCAGUAUCCUUCCAUCGCUCAAAUUGGACCUUCUGUUUCUAUUCCCACUGACUAUCCAUGUUGGUUACAGGCCCCAAUAAACACACACUGAAUUUCACACACAAACUCACGAAAAAAAG